AUGGUAAUAUCUUUCAACAAUACAGGGACCCAAGUGACUGAAUUCCUGAUGAUCUGCUUCCCAGAAAUGCAGGACACGCAGCACUGGCUCUCUAUAGUCUUGGCUCCUUUGCUGGUUUUGGCUCUUGGGGCUAACUUUGUACUAUUACUCGCCAUCCGACAGGAAGUAUCUCUGCAUGAACCCAUGUACUAUCUCCUUGCCAUCCUCUCCUUGCUAGAUGUCAUCCUCUGUCUCACAGUCAUACCCAAGGUCCUGUUCAUCUUCUGGUUCAACAUGAAGUCUAUCAGCUUUUCAGGAUGCUUCCUACAGAUGUUCAUCAUGAAUACAUUCCUUCCCAUGGAAUCGUCCACCUUCAUGGUCAUGGCCUAUGACCGCUAUGUGGCCAUCUGCCACCCUCUGCGCUACUCAUCCAUCGUCACAGAGCAGUUUGUCAUUUAUGCAGCCAUCUUUAUUGUCUUCCGCAAUUUGGUGGCCACACUGCCAACACCAGUUAUGGCUGCCAGGCUCAACUACUGUGCUGGCAAUGUGGUGGAGAAUUGUAUCUGUGCCAACAUUUCUGUAGCAAGGCUCUCUUGUGAGGAUAUUCGCUUCAAUAAACUCUACCAGUUUGUAAGUGUUUGGUGCUUACUGGGUUCUGAUCUGGUACUCAUCUUACUAUCUUACUGUUUCAUCCUCAGAGCUGUUAUGCGCCUACAGUCAGGGGGUGCAGCCACCAAAGCCCUGAGUACAUGUGGCUCCCAUAUCAUUCUUAUACUUUUCUUCUAUACAUUGCUACUGGUCUUCAUCUUCACAAACAAGGCAGGAAAGAAAGUGCCCUCAGACGUGCCCAUUCUUCUCAAUGUCUUGCACCAUCUCAUCCCACCAGCUCUGAACCCUAUUGUUUAUGGAGUGCGAACCCAGGAAAUCAAACAAGGGAUUCUCAAGCUAUUCAAGUACCAACGCUGA